AUGUCCAAUCCAGAAGAGAACCACGACGCUGUAGUCGAGAAAGACAACAAAGAAACAAAGCCUGUCAAAAAAGUGAAGAAAGUGAAAAAGACGACAAAGAAGGCUGGUCUCCCCGACUUUUCCGCGAUUAAAGUGAAACAAAAGCCGAGUGAGAAGAAGUCCUCCAAGACGGAGAGUGAGAGUUUGUACACAUACGAUCAAAUGCUCGACAUGAUCUAUAAGAAGUGUAAUGUGACUCAAAGCACUUCAAAACAAGAGAUCGAACUUCCUCGUAUUCUAGUCGUCAGAGAUGGUUCGAAACGUGUGAUCUGGCAGAACUUCAGUGAUAUUUGUAAACGUCUUCACAGACUUCCAGAAGAUGUUAAAUUGUUUGUCCUUGAAGAAUUACAAACGAUGGGGUCGAUCGACUCGAAAGGCGGCUUUACUAUUAAAGGUAACUUGAACCCAACACAUCUCGAGACUAUCGUGUACCAAUACGUUGCUCAGUUUGUCCAAUGUCCCGUCUGCAAGUCACUUCAACACUGA